AUGGAGUUUCUGUUUGGUCGCAAAAAGACCCCAGAGGAAAUGCUCCGCCAGAAUCAGCGAGCUCUCACUAAAGCUAUGCGUGACCUUGAUCGUGAGCGGCAAAAAAUGGAGCAGCAGGAGAAAAAAGUUAUUGCAGACAUAAAGAAGAUGGCAAAAUUGGGUCAGAUGGAUGCAGUAAAAAUCAUGGCCAAAGACCUAGUACGAACAAGGCGUUAUGUGAAAAAGUUCAUUUCCCUACGAGCAAAUAUCCAGGCUGUCUCCUUGAAGAUCCAGACACUGAAGGCCAACAACACCAUGGCUCAGGCUAUGAAAGGGGUCACCAAAGCCAUGGCCGCCAUGAACAGACAGCUAAAGCUGCCAGAGAUACAGAAGAUCAUGAUGGAGUUUGAGAAGCAGUCGGAGAUCAUGGACAUGAAGGAAGAGAUGAUGAGCGACGCCAUCGAUGAUGCACUUGGCGAUGAUGAUGAUGAGGAAGAGAGUGAUGCAGUUGUGGCCCAGGUUUUGGAUGAGCUUGGAUUACAGAUGGCAGAUGAGAUGUCCGGUCUCCCCAGCACAGGCAAAAGUCUCACGGCUGGCCCCAGCAAAGCCCCACAAGCUGCUGUAGCAGCUGAUGCCGAUGCAGACCUGGAGGCUAGAUUGGACAACUUGAGACGGCAGUGA